CCCUCUCUCUCUCUCUUCCGCGCGAGAAUGGAUCAUCUGCACUGAGCUAGGCGAGUAGGCAACCAUCAUUACUCAUUAGCCCCUUCAGUCCUCUCUUCCUCUCUCUCCAGAAAGGAGGGACUACCAAAGUAAGGACUAAGGAGCAAAAAGAUAGAAACAUUUCCCAAAAAAAAAAAAAAGCAAAAAGAUAAAAACGUUUAAUGGCGAAGGUAGUUGCAGAGGGAGCAUCAAUGGCGGAAGAAAUAAGUAGUACUGGAUGGUUGAAACACUACUCUUCCUGUCAUCAAAUCCUCUUAGUCGGAGAAGGAGACUUCUCUUUCUCAUUGUGUCUGGCUCAGUCUUUCGGUUCUGCCUCUAACAUCGUCGCCACAUCUCUGGACUCUUAUGAUUCUGUAAUCGGCAAGUACAAGAAAGCGAAAUUGAAUUUGGAAAAAUUGGAAAAACUGGGAGCAGUCCUUCUGCACAAAGUUGAUGCAACCAAGAUGAAACUUCACACCGACCUGAAAAUGCGGAAAUUUGAUCGGAUUAUCUUUAACUUCCCUCACGCAGGCUUCCAUGGAAAGGAAGAUCAAGUCCGUGUUAUCAGGAUGCACAAGAAAUUGAUGAAAGGCUUUUUCAGGAAUGCAAGUGGUAUGCUUCGGCCAUGCGGUGAGAUUCAUGUGAACCACAAGACUGCUGGCCCAUUUUGCAAUUGGAAUCUUGAAGAACUUGCUAGUAGGCACUCGCUAGAAUUGAUCGAGUGUGCUGAGUUCAAGAUAGCUGAUUAUCCUGGUUAUAAGAAUAAGAGAGGAGAUGGACCAAGAUGUGAUAAGUCAUUCCCUUUAGGGAAAUGCAGUACCUUCAAGUUCGUGGUCGCCCGCAACAGGAGGACAAAAACUCUCGGUGUGAUAAGGAAAGGAUCCAAUGGCGGGUUGCCCCAAAUUCAAGAGAUGCCGCUUCAAAAUCGAGUCCAGGUCAACUCCCCACAUGGGGAGAGGAGUUACACUCCCUACAUGGGAUCCCAACGCCCAUGUGAUAUUCAGACCAAGAGCCAGAGCAAUUAUUGCACCAUUGACUCUUGGUUUAAUACCCCAUGGGCAGUGGGAUCCCAUGGGGGUAGGUCACCACGUGGGGAGAGGAUCCAAACUCUUCCAAAUCUGCAUCAUGCUUUGCAAUCGCAUCUAAUUCACUCAUGGUCUGAUAACUCAUGGAGGGUGGGAUCCUAUGUGGGCAUGUCACCACAUGUGGAGAGGAUCCAGACUCUUCAAAAUCCUCAUCAUGCUUUGCAAUCACAUUCAAUUGACUCAUGGGCUGAUAUCCCUUGUAGGCUGGGAUCCUAUGUGGGCAAGUCAGCGCAUGGGGAUAGGAUCCAGACUCUUCAAAAUCCUCAUCAUGCUUUGCAGUCACAUCCAGUUGACUUAUGGUCUAAUACACCAUGGAAGGUGGGAUUCCAUGUGGAUAGGUCUCCACGUGGGGAGAGGAUCCAGACACUUCAAAAUCCUCAUCAUGUUUUGCAAUCGCAUCCAGCGGGCUGUCCUCGAACAGAUUUCAUUUUUAAUAUGCAAGAGAUCCCGGGUUAUAGUGGUGCACCAGUGAUAAUGCAAAAUGAAUUUGAGAGAAUAUCUGAUGGUUAUCUCAUAGAGGCUAAUGCAAGGUUGGGAAGAACUGAUUAUGAUUAUCCACAGGUAGGGCAGCAAAAGAUAGAGGAAGGUUUUGGGAGAUACAAGUCUGGAGCACCAGGUAGGACUGUGAAUGGUUUCAUACCCUAUCUCGAAGCACUUCACCAUUCGAGCAAUCGGAGAUCGGAUUGGAUGCAAAGAUUUCCCUGAGCCCUCUGGGCUACAACUUACAGGGGAGGAAUUGGAUCAACAGGUGGUUUUUUUUGUUUCUUUUUGAGGCGUGUGGAUUUAUAUAUGGUAGCAGUUUUGCAGUCUUGGCAUUGGUGUAUAGGAUGUGGGAUGGAGUUCUUUAACUGUACUUACAGAAUAUCAGUACUGUAACAGAAAAUGCAGGUGUGACUGCUAUCACUACAAACAUGGUUCCUAUUUAUCUCUGACUCAAGAGGAGUGAAGGUAUCAUAAUUGGUGGUGUUGUUUGUUAUUA